GUAUACCCUGCCUGUCAAUGUCAAAAAUGACAUUCACAAAUUGUGAAAACACCAUUCUCAUUAUUUUGUAAUUUAUUUUUGUAGAAAGAAGUUAAAGUUUUGCAAAAUGGCGUUCAAAAUGUCAUACAGUUUUGAGGGCAAUUACAGGCCAAGACCCGAGCAAAACUUGUCAGGGGCUAGUAAGAAAAUUUCCCGAGAUGUUUUACUCCAAAAAACCCACGAAGAGAGACGUAAACGCCAGGAACAACGUCUGAAGUUACAAAGUGCGCAACUUUUGCAAUCACACAUUAGGAGUUAUUUAGUGCGGAAGCACAACAAGGAGACUGAAAGGGCGUAUUUUGAUACCAAUUUUGAGACAGUACCAUUGCAAGUGUUGUUAUCACGACUUUUGUUCUUUUACGACCCUGCUAAGGACAACAUGAGAUUGUACCAAAUAUCCGAACGUUUGCUCCAGCAAAAUGUGCAAAUUAGUCAAGCUUUGAGCUCAGACGCAGCCCUCUCGUGGCUCAUCAAAUGGUGGCUAGUUUUGUGCUUAAAAAGCUCCUACCACCCCGAUAUGACCCCCCUCAUGUUGAAUUGCCUCGACGCGUUUGUUUCCAACACACAAACGAUUGAAUACCUCACACGAAAGGGUUACUACGUGUACUUACGUACUCUUUUAGACAAUGACUCGAAAGAGUUGCUACAACAAAUCCUAAGUCUGAUUUAUCGCCCCUUUCAAUCCCUCCGUGUGACUCAAAGCUCCCAAGACAUUAUUUUAUCCGAAUUCUGCAGCAAUUUCCUCAAACCAACAUUCACAAAUAACGUAAAAACAGUCCUCAUACCGUACCUAAAAAACAAACGCGAUUUCCCCUACGAAAAAAUCAUAAGGUACCUAAAUAGUGGCUACCAUUUCCAAAUCAGCAACAGUUUGUUUUAUUGCAUCCUUGCACUUGAGCCCGACGAUUACGAACCCACAAGUGACAGUAUUCAAGUCUUGUCCACCCUCAGUGUGGACAUCCACCAAUUGAAGCCCCCAGUGUAUUUAAUAAGCGACGAUAGUGAUGAUGAGAGCGAAGUCCAAGUCUCGGAAGAAGAAUUACUCCUCUCUGACUACUUACAUAUCAUGAAUAAACCCGAAAGAGUGCGGAAAUGGUUACACUUUUUCGAACAACAUAGCAAUAAUGAAGAUGUUUUAAUGUCGCUCACGAAAUUUUGUCAUAAUCUCUUGCUCGUGUAUCGGGAUUCGAUCAGGAAGUUUCUAUUGUUGUACAAAUUGGGGUUGAAUGGCACUUUUCUUAACAAAUUAUGGCAUAUGUUGAAUCGGAAAAGGUCCCUCGAGGGGGAGCUCCGAGGGUCGUGUCUCCUCUCGUGGAAAGAGUGUCACACCACACUUUCGGUGUUUUGCGACACUUUUACUUUCUAUACGGAGACUUUAACCGAUCGAGAAAACUCCGACACUAGUGAGACUUUCACGCAGAAUGAUCUCUCCUCGAUGUCGAAAUUGUUGAAGAAUGUCGCUGUGGAUUUAGUCGAGUUGGGGUUUCCGAUGUGUCGAUCAAGCACGAUUCCGGCAACUCCGGAGAUUUUGCAUUUGUACAGUUCGUGUCUCAACUGUGUUAAAAUGUUGUAUAUGUUAGAUAUCCGGAAGCAGUUUUGCCCGCAUGGUUUUUGGACGGCGAAGAAAAUCCAUAUUUCGCAGGAUUUGUCCCGGAGGAAUUACCUCUCGAAGACGAUUAGGCCAUUUUAUGGGUUGGUUAGUGAGAUGGACGAUGAGGAGCAUUUGCCCCCAUUGUCAACAAUCGAGCAACGGUCGUUGGCAAUACUGCAGGAAUUGCCCUUUUUGAUCGGGUUCAACACGAGGGUGUUGCUGUUGAGGGAUUGGUGUAGGAACAGUUUGGGGGAAAAUGACUACCAACGGUUACAUAAUGAGUUUCUUAAUGAUAAUCUCGUCGUGAUAAGACGGACGCAUUUGUAUGAAGACGCGUUCGAGAAAUUGUCGGUCAAAAAUGAGUCCGAUUUGCGACACAAAGUGCGAAUUCAGUUUAUAAAUAGUGUGGGAUUGGAGGAGGCAGGGAUUGACGGUGGUGGGAUUUUCAAGGAAUUUAUUAACGAGGUUUUAAAAACUGCCUUUGAUCCAAAUCGGGGAUUUUUCCUCUUAACCGCCGAUAACACACUUUAUCCCAACCCAAAUGUACACCUGAUUGUAGAAAACUUCAUGGAACAUUACUAUUUCAUCGGGAGACUUGUGGGAAAAGCAAUUUUCGAAAAUAUACUAGUGGACCUCCCUUUAGCUGAAUUUUUCCUAGCAAAAUUGUUAGUCGACAGGGCCAGUGCUCAUUAUUUAAAAUCCCUAGACCCCGUCUUGUAUCGAAAUCUCUUGUACUUGAGAGACUACCCUGGGGAUGUUAGUGACCUAGGGUUGGAUUUUACCACUGUUAAUAACGACUUGGGAGAGACUAGAGUGGUGGAGUUGAAGCCCCACGGAAGCAACAUUCAAGUAACCAAUGAGAAUCGCCUCGAGUACAUUCAACGCCUGGCUGAUUUAAAAUUAAACGUUCAAUUAAAGAAACAAUGUAUGGCGUUCAGGGGGGGCCUGGACAGUGUCGUGCCUCUGCUGUGGUUAAAACUCUUCAAUCAUAACGAAUUGCAAGUGAUUAUAGGUGGCGAUACGCAAGAAAUUGAUUUGAGUGAUUUGAAAGCUCACACUGUAUAUGGGGGCGAAUUCACGGGGGAUCACCCGACUGUGAAUCUCUUCUGGAAAAUCCUAAAUACGUUCACCGACACUCAAAAGAAAAUGUUGCUCAAGUUUGUCACAAGUUGUUCACGGCCCCCACUUUUGGGAUUCAAAGAGCUCAAUCCCCAGUUUUGUAUUCAAUCGUCGGGGAGUGAGGAUCGGAUGCCCACUGCGAGCACGUGUUUGAAUUUACUCAAAAUCCCGAUUAUUAAAGAAGAGGAGGUUUUGAGGAAUAAACUGCUGCAAGCGAUCGAACAACAGACCGGUUUUGAGUUGUCCUAAAAUGUGGAAGGUUUCUCAUUCCUUAUCCCUGUUUUGUUAUAUUUUUUCAUUAAUAAAUCUUUACAUACGUA